GAGUUGCAAGAUGGCGGACAGUGCGGAACUAAAGCAAAUGGUUAUGAGCCUUCGAGUGUCUGAGCUGCAAGUCCUUCUGGGUUACGCGGGGAGGAACAAGCACGGACGGAAACACGAACUCCUCACGAAAGCACUGCAUUUGUUAAAGGCUGGCUGCAGCCCUGCUGUACAAAUGAAAAUCAAAGAACUCUAUAGGCGAAGGUUCCCUCAGAAAAUCAUGACACCUGCAGACUUAUCCAUCCCCAGCGUCCACUCGAGCUCCAUGCCAGCAGCUUUGUCUCCGUCUACCAUUCCACAGCUCAGUUACGAUGGCCACCCUGCCACCUCACCGUUGCUUCCCGUGUCGCUUCUGGGACCUAAACAUGAACUGGAACUCCCCCAUCUCACAUCUGCGCUCCACCCCGUGCACCCCGACAUAAAACUUCAGAAGCUACCUUUUUAUGACUUGUUGGAUGAGCUGAUUAAACCUACCAGCCUAGCCUCAGAUAACAGCCAGCGCUUUCGAGAAACCUGCUUUGCCUUUGCACUGACGCCACAGCAAGUGCAGCAAAUCAGCAGUUCAAUGGAUAUUUCUGGGACCAAAUGUGACUUCACAGUACAGGUCCAGUUAAGGUUUUGCUUAUCAGAAACCAGUUGUCCACAAGAAGAUCACUUCCCACCCAAUCUGUGCGUGAAAGUAAAUGGGAAACCAUGCAGCCUUCCAGGCUAUCUUCCACCAACCAAAAAUGGUGUUGAACCAAAGCGACCCAGCCGACCAAUCAACAUUACCUCACUCGUCAGGUUGUCUACGACGGUACCAAACACAAUCGUUGUCUCAUGGACUGCAGAAAUUGGAAGAAACUAUUCCAUGGCAGUCUAUCUGGUAAAGCAGCUGUCCUCGACGGUGUUACUGCAGAGGUUGCGAGCAAAAGGAAUACGGAACCCUGACCAUUCUAGAGCACUAAUUAAAGAGAAACUGACUGCAGAUCCAGACAGUGAGAUUGCAACAACAAGCUUAAGAGUUUCUCUCCUUUGUCCACUUGGUAAAAUGCGGCUAACUAUACCCUGUAGGGCCCUGACUUGUUCUCACCUGCAGUGUUUUGAUGCCACUCUCUAUAUUCAAAUGAAUGAAAAGAAACCAACUUGGGUUUGCCCUGUCUGUGAUAAGAAAGCUCCCUAUGAACAUCUCAUUAUUGAUGGGUUGUUCAUGGAAAUCCUGAAGUAUUGUACAGAUUGUGAUGAAAUUCAGUUUAAGGAGGAUGGAUCCUGGGCUCCUAUGAGAUCGAAGAAGGAAGUGCAGGAAGUAACUGCAUCUUACAAUGGAGUUGAUGGAUGCAUAAGCUCUUCCAUGGAACAUCAGGUGUCUUCUCACCAACAGUCAAAUAAAAAUAAGAAGGUAGAAGUGAUCGAUUUAACCAUUGAUAGCUCAUCAGAUGAAGAAGAUGAAGAACCAUCUGCAAAGAGAAGCUGUCCUUCCGUAUCUCCAGCAUCACCAUUAAAUAAUAAGGGCAUUUUAAAUUUACCCCAUCAAGCAUCACCCGUGUCAAGAACACCAAGCCUUCCUGCUGUUGACACCAGCUACAUCAAUACAUCACUUAUCCAAGACUACAGGCAUCCAUUCCAUAUGACACCUAUGCCUUAUGACUUGCAAGGUUUAGAUUUCUUCCCUUUCCUGUCAGGAGACAAUCAGCCUGCGAGAGAAUCAUGGUCAUCCAGUUGCAAGUAGGAGCAGCACAGACACGGCGUCCAUCUUUGGUAUCAUACCAGACAUUAUUUCGUUGGACUGAUUUUUGGAAUCUAUGAACUCGUCCCAGGAAAUCUUUGUGCUUGGUUUUACUUUCUGUUAGAAACAUAGACAAGUUUUUUUUCCUUUUUUAGGGAAAAAAAUUUAUGUGUACAGAGAACAAAAGUAUAUUUUCAGUUUUACUUUUGUAUAUAAACCUAAGAUGGCCUCACUG